AAAUCAUUAAUAUUUUAUUAACAGUAGUAGGAUAAUGGUAUCCUUGAAAGUUUGAAUGGCAAAAGUUCUUCUGUAUAGCUCUACAUAAUUGAACAUUUUUAAACAUGUUGCGUUCAGCGGGAAGAUAAUCAUGGAAUGUUUGGUCGAUUUGAAACCGGCGCAGAAACAUCUGUCCACUGAUAACACAAAUUUCCAUAAUAUUCAAUAAAUUUUCCAUUAUAUCGAGAAUGAGAUAUAAUUUCAAGAAAAAUAGUUCCAUCGAGGAGCAGUUCAUGUGGCUUCUUAGAUUCGCAACUAUCAAACAAAUCAAAGACUUUUUAACACAGAACCCGUCGAUAGAUUUGCAUUAUCCCACGCCAAAUUUAAAAACACCUCUGACAUCAACUAUUGAUCGAGGCGAUCCACAAAUCUUGUCAGUUUUAUUAGAUAAUAAUUUAAACACUUUAAACGAUACCGUCACUCAACCUUGGGGAAGAACAGCUCUCAUGUAUGCAUCAUUCGUUUCGAGAAAUCCGGAAUUGUUGCAAGUUCUUUUGAAAAAAGGGGCGGAUCUAGGAAAAGUAGACAUGAGAGGCUGGACUUGUCUUCAGUACGCCAUCGUAGCAGAACGAUCAAAAAAUGUUCUGUUUCUUCUAGAAGCUGGUGCCUCUAUAAAUCAGCAAGAUUUCCAAGGACGUACACCGCUUAUGGUAUCAGUGUAUCUUUCGAACGUGGACAUUGUUUCACUUUUGUUGAAUCACGGUGCUGAAAUUAAUUCACUGGACAAUAGGAAUUUGACUGCUCUUCAGAUAGCGAUUUUAUGGAGGAAGAGAGAUGCGGCGAUCAUUUUAAUUGAAAGAGGAAGCGAUACCAGCGUCGUUACACCUUUGACUAAGGCGUCGAUAGGUGAACUAUCAAAAACUAGCAUGCCUAAUAUUCUUCGAUGCAUUGAACCAAAGACAAGGAUAUAAUUCAACUGAUAUGUGUUUAUUGUAAGGUUUAAAGUUUAGGCGUAAAUAUUGUGUUUAGAUAAUUUCUCCUUCGUCAACUUAUCAAACUGAAGUAUGACAUUUUCAGGCAUUGCUUCUUUCCACUGGUUAACUUUACCGCUGCGCAUGAAUUCAUCGUUACCUUCAAUCGGUCUGAACUUUUUAAUAUCGUUAAUUACUUUCUCGAAGUUCACGGCUGGAUUAGUCUUCAUAUUAUCGAAACUCAGAUGUUCCAACAACCCUUUCAUCCCACUGACAGGCACAGGUUUGUUCAAAAACGCUGCUGUUUUCUUAAUUACCGCCGGUAAAUCCUAAAUUUUUAAAAAAACAUCAUCGCAUCUUCGAACGAACAUUAUUGAUCAGCUAAUUGAAAACUUUAGUUCGUUACUUACCGCUUUCAUGUCUUCGUACUUUAAGAACAACAUGUUGGGGUCGUUCCUCUUAUUCCAAAAGUCGAUAACGUGAUCCCAGUAUGGAGCAUAGUUUACUGUAAGAAAGCAAUCGAAUAGAAACACCAGGAAUCAAUUGGUUAUUGUUUCUGUUGUGAUUGUACGUACAUUUGUCACCCAAGAACAGGCGACAGAAGGUGUUAAAGUCGCCAUGAUAACCCUCUAUCAAUUUGCAAUGGUAAUAAUAAGAGAUGCAGGUGUCCUUUGGAUUUCUGACAACGUAGAUAAUUUUCGGUUUCUUUUCACCCGUUCGAAUCUGUCGUGGUAAUAAAUGAAAGGGUAAAUGAGUCUUGAUAAAUCUCGGACUGGGUUUGUUCUUCACGUAAGCCGGGCUGUCCAUAUUGAACAACUCAGGUUUGGUUCCCGGUCGUUGAGGCAUGGAUGAAGCAUCGAACAGUGCGGAAAUCCUGGCCAAACAUGUGGUUUUUAUUUGUAAAUGAUUUGUAGAAGAUUAAACGCAAAUCUGUUUUUA